AUGUCGCCAAAGACACAGACCAACAUCAUUGAACUUCCGAACGCUGUGCCACUUGCCAUGGGUGACGCCCGCAGAACUGCAGAAAUGGCCUUGGCCAUUGGUGCACACCUGGGCGGCGACUGGCAGGAGUUCUUUGCGUGCCUCCAGCAGCGCCGGAGCUUUGCUUUGGAAAAACACGGAGCGUACCAGACAGUGCUCCCAAGGUUUUCGAUGCGCUCGGUCAUGGAGUCAUCAAUCUGCACGUCGUCGGCUGUUUGGGCUGGAGUCUGCAUGGGAGCUUUUUCACCGCUGCUUGCAACUACAAGGCAUGUCAGUCAGGGUCUGCCAACUUGCUUUUGCCAGGACAUCAAGACAUCCGCCCGAGGACGAACUGCCGUACAGUUGAAUGUGGGUUCACCCAUAAGUCCAGUUGCUUCCUGA